GACUGCAAAAUUAUACGUGGAUUUUCCAGUGCACAGCCUCAGAGUCUGUCAGCUAUAUAUUCUGAAUGAUACAAUUCCUGGGCUAAAUGCUAUGGAAAAAAUAAAGUUGGGAAAAUGUGAGCAGAAGGCCUCACUGAGGCGGGGGUGAUACUUGAGUGACAUGACAAGGAGCCAGCCAAUGGGGACAUCUAGGGAACAGCGCUCCAAGGGGGAACAGCCCGCCGAGGUCCUGACAUGGGAACGAGCUCAAGUUUGAGGAUAUCAAGGAGGUCAGUGUGAUGGGAGUUGGGAUGUUUAGAAAGUACAGCCUGCUGUCUGGCUUUGUCUCACUUGGGAAGGAGGGGCACAGGGGUCCACAAGGGCGGGCUCUAAGCUGGAGCACUUGCUCUCCUUAAGGGCCAGAGGUGAUGGGCAUCCUCUCAUGACCUUGUGUGAUCUGUCGGCUCUUGUGGAGAGAGGAAGAUCAAAACUUUGCAUUGGGCUGAGCGCUUCGGAUGUGGUAUUUUCCAUUCACGUGUCCACUUUGCCAGGUGGAAACCAUCAUCCCUCCUGUUUUACAGAUGAGAAAACUGAGGCCUGAAAGGGGACACUCCUAAACCUGAAGCUGUAAACUUAGUAACAGUAAAUGAAGUAAUGACCUUCGACCGACCAGCAGGGCCGAGGUUGGGAGGUGGCCAGGCCUUUGCCGGCCUCUCAGCGAAGCCACCGCUGCCUCUAUCCGGUCCUGCUGCUGGGCACCCUCAUCGGCCCCCCGCCUGCCCACCGCCCACCAUGUCAGAGGAGACCCAGGAAGACACCGCGGCCCUGAUGAGGAGCAGGGCGCCGCUGGCUCCCAACCACGUGGAGGAGGUGCGCCUCCACCAGGUGGAGUCCAUCAGCGACCUUCACAACGGCGGUCCGCUGUGCCCCUACCUGGCAGAGGAGGGGCAGCCGUGGGGCGACCUGCUGGGCGUGCUGCCGCCUUCACUGUGCGCCCAGGCCGGCUGCGGCCCGGUGCACAGCCGCGGGGCCUUCCUGCUGCUGCUCGCGCUGCUGGUCCUCACCUGCCUGGCGCUGGCCGUGCUGGCCGUCUACCUGAGUGUGCUGCAGAGCGAGUCCCUCCGCGUGCUGGCGCACACGCUGCGAACCCAGGAGGAGGUGCUGCUCAAACUCCGGCUCGCCAGCCUCAGCCAGCUGCGGAGGCUCAACUCCAGUGAGGCCCGAGCACCCGGCUGAGAUGCCGCUCGGACCCGGGGCCUGGGGGUGUGCCGGGGAAUAAAGAGGCCAUUGGCAGCUUUCUCCUCUCCCACUGCUGCUCCUCACGACUUCCUGGGUGUGGUUUUGGCGUGAGAUUUGAUCUGACCCCACAGCUGCCCGCCUCUCGAGCCUUCUCCGGCCAGGCCAGGCCUUCUGAGGCUGAGGCUCCGCCUGGUGUGGCCCAAGGUCAGAGGAAGCCACACCAGCCUCCUGGCUCCUCUUGGGGCCUGGCAGUACCCACUGGCCUCCUCCAGAUGGUGGGUCCAGAAGCCUAAAUAUAGCUGGUCACCCAAACUCAGCCAGGACUCCCAAUGUGGGGUCCAGUCUCCACGCUCAAAAGGCAGGCUGGGCUCCGGGGAGGAGGCAGGCGGGCCAUGG